AUGAUAACAUGGCAAUUCCUGUUGAUUGAGAACGACGGUGUUCGAGAGUUACCGGAGGGAGUGUUCGGAAAUGUCACUUUCGAGGCGAUAAUCAUAUUCCAUGCCGCAGUGGCCGCCGUGCAUCCUUCGGCCCUCCUUCCCUCCAAAGAUCGGCUCUACCACGUGCAGAUAUAUUUCAGUGGCUUGGCAGAAUUCCCAUGGGAGGUGCUGCCUGAGCUCACCCAUCUCUACUAUAUGGACCUCAGAAAUAAUUAUUUGACCGAUCUGCCGCCUGUUCUAAGCCCAAGCCUCACCACGCUCGAUCUCGGCGGCAAUCAAAUAACCAGACUCGAAUAUAAUUGGUCUGCGCCAAACCUGACGGUUCUCUCCUUCGACUAUAGCCCAAUGUCGGAGGUCCAGCAUGAGUUCUUCUGGGGUUUGCCGAAUUUAGAGCAAUUCUGGUGUCUUUCCUGCAAACUGGGACAAACUAUACUGAACGGAACGUUGGCUUUCCACAGUCCAGCCUUAGAUCUCGUGAGUCUCGAACAGAGCACCAUCUCCAGCCUGGAAUCGCACGCUAUCACAGGAUUCACAGUCAACGCGAGCAUACGUCUAUCGGGGAAUCAAAUCAGCGAACUGACUGAAGAAUCAAUCCGGCCGAUGCUGCAGGUCCUCUCCUCGGGGGUUGGGUACAUCGAUCUAGCCGAGAAUCCGGUCGAGUGCACAUGUAGUAUGGCCUGGAUUGUGCUCAAUCCGGGCUUCCUGGGAAGCGUGAAGGGUCAAUGCACGGAUGGAACUGAUUUUCAAGACUUGGAUCCGGAGAUCUUUCAAGGCUGCAUUUAAAUGAAUUUCAACGAACAAUUAUUUACUUGGGCCACUUUCAAUUGGAUUCCAG